GCAGCCGUGGAAUGUCGCUACUAGCUUUCCAGUUAGCCAGUUGCUAAUCAAUCAGCACAGCAGCAACGAAAACUUUUACAGCGUGAUUAUGACUGAUGAUCAUGUACGGCUGUGAAAAAUAACAAUUAAAUAACGUACGUGGAGAAAAUUACGAGCAAAACCGUGCGGUUUGCUGAGGGCCAAAGAUUUGGAGCCUUAAGAUGCCUUCUUGCUCAACCAGAUGUGGACCAUAAGUAAAACAGAAUCAACCCUAGCCAGGUUAGCAGAGGACUGAUAUCGAGCUAUCAAGAAAACUAGCACAGGUCCAUGACAAUCAGCUGUUUUUCUGGAGCCACGCACCUGCUACCAAGUAACUCAGAAAGAUGAACAUCGAUGACAAGUUGGAUGGGAUCCUGAUUCGAUGUGGCACUGUGAACAUACACCACUCAGCACAAACCUUAGUACCUUCUGGGGUGGACAAAAGGGGAGGAGGAGGAAGCUUAGAUAUGUCUCUAGGAGAAAAGAGCUUGGCCAAUCAACCCCUGCUUGCUGAUGAUGAUGAGGAGGAGGAAGAUGAGGAUGACGAUCUGGCUGGUGGGACGCUGACCUCGCACAACCUCAUCUCACAUGAUGAACUUAUGGUUCAUGAGGAGACUGUGAAGAACAGUGCAGCAGGAGAACAAGAGUUCUCUCAGCGGCUUUCUCACAAGAUACCGUACACUCUACCCAUGCCCAUGAAUAUUAAACAGGAACUGAAGCUGUCAGACUCAAUAAUUAUUAAUAAAAAGGACAAGAAGCAGGAGAAGGACCUUGCAGAAUGCCAGAAAAAGAAGAAGAGAAAACAGCGGUCUCCUGCAAAGAUUCUUACCAUUAAUGAAGAUGGCUCACUGGGACAUCAGAACCCAAAGUCACACAUCUGUGAGCACUGCAACGCAGCUUUCCGAACAAACUACCAUCUACAGAGACACGUCUUCAUCCAUACGGGUAACACAAACACUUGUACACCUACUGAAUGUACUGAAAAGGGAUGGUCUUUGCUCUUUUCCCCCUUUCUUUCACGAUUUUCUCUUUUUAUUAAAUGUUCCUCUACAGGAGAAAAGCCUUUUCAGUGUAGUCAGUGCGACAUGCGUUUCAUUCAAAAGUACUUGUUGCAGAGACAUGAGAAAAUUCACACGGGAGAAAAGCCAUUUCGAUGUGAUGAGUGUGGAAUGAGGUUUAUCCAGAAAUAUCAUAUGGAGAGGCACAAGAGGACACACAGUGGAGAGAAACCCUAUCAGUGUGAUUACUGUCACCAGUACUUCUCCAGGACUGAUCGAGUCUUGAAGCAUAGACGUAUGUGCCAUGAAAAUAAGGAGAGAAAGCUCCAUAAAGCAGCUGCCAAAGAUGGCCUUCUACACAGCACAGAAACACUUCCGUUCUCCUUCCCAUCUAAGGAGAGCACUCUACCUAAGAAAAAGCGACAGAAGUCCACUGAUAAGAACAGCACCUCAGUCCGAAACACUGCUGUCACAGACAAAGUUGUGGAUGGUGGUGAAAAGAAAGAAGGAGGAAGAGAUAGACUCGGCAAAAACGAAUGUCUUCCUCUUUAUGAUGUUGCCACCAAGGUAAAAGAUGAGUAUGUCAUGACGGAAUAUUCUGUCGAACUCCCAGAUUGCUCUCCAGGAAGCAGGCAACUUGCUGGGGAGGCUUCUUCUGAUGAGAUCACUCCUCCAAAGAUAGUACUGAAGAAGAUUGCUAGCAAGAAGAAUGUAAAGCAGCAGCCCUUGGAACAUUCUCAGCCUUUGUCACCCCUGUCAUCAUUUGAGGAGGGAAAAGUCACAAGAUAUACAUUUGAAAUUGUCGAUAACAAGGGCCUAUUAGAUGUAGAGCCAAGCCCUGACUUGGAGACUGUCGAUCCGCUCCAGGUUGGGCCCACAAAGCCAGCUGGCAGCAGCACAAACUAUGAUGAUGCCAUGCAGUUUCUCAAGAAGAAGCGUUACCUCCAGGCAACCACGGCCAGUAACAGUCGGGAGUAUGCCCUGAACGUGAACAGCAUCUCUUCACAGCCCUCAGUUACUCAGGCAGCUGUAGCCACGGUCAUAGACGAGACUGUUCCUGCCACAAUCCUGUCCGAGACUCAGACACUGAACGUGGAAAUAAAGACGAGCCAUGAGAAGAAUGUUCUCCCCGAUGAAGUCUUGCAGUCGCUCCUGGAUCACUACUCUAACAAGACCAAUGGACAACCAGAGAUCAGCUUCAGUGUAGCAGACACAGAAGUGACUUCCAGCAUCUCCAUCAAUUCAUCUGAUGUUUCAGAGAGUAGCCCUACUGAGGCCUUGGGCACUAGCUCCCAAGCACCCACUGCAGAGAAGGCUAGUCUUCUACAAGAGUAUUCAAAGUUUCUCCAACAAGCUUUGGAGAGGACCAGUCAGAAUGACAGUUACCUGAACAGCCAGAGCCUAGCAUUUGUGAACGAUGGUGCAAGCCUUGGUGGACAGCCCUUAUUUUCUACAGAGAAACAGUUUGGUUCUCCAAGUCGGUUUAGAUCAGGUAUGAACUCUCCUCUGAGACUUGACAAACCUCACUUUGGUCUUUUAGUAGAUUCCCAACACUCGUUCUCAUUUUCGGGUGAUGAAACCAACCCCUCUUCAGUGUCGCCAACUGAGGACUUUCUGGAGCAGGUGUCCCCCAAAAAGACAGACACUCAGGGCAUCAGUCAAACGUUUCAGAUUGCCACUUUUGAUCAGAACUUCCGAUCUCAGUUCCAGACGCCAAGGUCUGGACUGUCUUCGCAGUUUAGUGUUUCCAAUGGACAGGUCAACAUAAGAAGUCAUGGAGGAACAGACUUUCCAGAAUUCUCUCUUGUUCAUGUUUCUGAAACCAGAACUCAAAUGAGCUCCUCUCCAGAUGCUACAAGCAGCCACACAUUUGGCUAAAAAGAAAAAAAAAAGCUAUUUAAUAUUUUAGUCAUUUAAAAGCACUUUAUACUCUUGCUCUGCGAAUGUAAGCAGCACCGUAUUGGAUGUUCAUCUCAUGGCAAGCAUUUGAACUCCAGAUGUUCUCUUUCUAUUUGGUGGUUGUUUUUAAUCAUGUAAGGAUGAGAAUCAUUUUAGGAAGUAGGGUUUUUUUUUCUUUUUUUCCUCAGCACACUCAUUUAAUGUCUGUAUUCAUGUAAAAGGCACUUUUUUUUUGUUAAUUCAAUCAGUAAAUCUGCACAUCAUACUGCACAACAAGUCUUUCUAAGAGAGAAUUUACUUCCUUACAGGUACAUACAGAUAAGCUCUUAAAUUUCCAAUUUAAACUCAUGAAUUAAUAAUUUUAUAUAAUGAAAUUAUAUAAUUCUCAGAUAUUUUUGCACAACACUAUGAAGGUAAUAUUAAUUUUAAAGAAAAGUUCUUAAAUUGUAAUGGAAAUAAGAACAUCGCUGAUAUAUUUGGUGUAUUUGUAGGUACCUUGAUUGAAACCUUAAUAUUUUUCUUUGUACAAAAUGGAGUUCCAUUCAUGGAACUGGAACUAAUGACAUUACCGUAACAAAUACAGUUAAUUUAGAUUAUACUGGGAGGUUAUACCUCAGAUGCAUCAUGGGGUAAUUAAUAAAGAUAUCAAAAUUUACAUGCAUUCCUCAAGUUGGAUUUUUCAGUAAUGAAACUUAUGAAGUAGGCUUACCUAAAAAGUUUCCCCCCCUGCAUGUAGUGCCUUUUUGUGUAUCUGUGAAAUAUUCCAAACAUACUUUUAACUGCCUUUCUCUAUCAAUAAUUUUUGUUUAGUCUUGACUACAAACCUAAAAAAAAAUAAUGGUUUUAAGUUUAGAUAACCUAUUAAAUUUGCACUUUGGCCUUGUGGGCAAAAUCAGUGCUCUUUAUACCAUGGACUUUCAAUCCAAUUUGACGUAUGAAACCCAGGCUGAAUUACUAUCUUGUUAUGGAGCUAUUUUAUAGUCAGAGAUUGAUGUCUUUAUUUGCUAUGUCUGUUGUGUUUUUGAUAGCUCGCAAGCAAAUAUAUGAAAUUGGGAUUUUACAGUUGAGUCAUGGAACUUUAACCAUUGUCCUUGAAAUAAGAACAAAACUUUGCCUUGUCUAUCUCUAAACUGACAUUUGUGUAUUCACUGCAUUGUUUGAUGAAACAAAUGGUGCAUGACUUUGAUCUUUGGUACAUUUUAUUUAGUAUUUAUAACCAUAGUUAUCGUUAUUAUACUUUGUACAUCUUACAAUGAAUCAAGUCAACAUACUGCCUUCGUUUGUAAUUUGUGUUUUUUUUGUUUGUUUGUUUGUUUGUUUGUUUUCUCGGGGGGGAUUGGUGGUGUUAACGUCUUAACCAAGUCCUUAAGCUGUAAUUCAUGGAUUCUGGUUUUUAAAGCCUACAGUUGUGCCAUGCUAAACUACAGACCAAAUUGGAACUACAUUGUAGAGCGAUCGUUAUUAUAAAUCACUGUUACUCCUCAUACUUCAUUUGGAAACAUUCCCUUAUUUGACUGUCAGAUGCGUCUUGUUUAUGCCGGUGUGUGUAUGUAUGUUAUGUCUGUAUGUCUAAGUUGUACAUUUAGAACCGCACAUUUCGUGUGUAUGCUAAGAGUGAGAUGGAGGAGUUAGAGAUAUUUGGGAUCUCUGUGGAUUUUUUUUAAAUGAAUGUACUCUGUUAAUUCAGUCUACAUAAUCGUGUAGGUUUUGGCCUCAAUGAACACUGCUCAUGUUACUGUUGAUUCAUAGUGACUAAUUUUCUUUCUGUCUCUCUUCCUCAAGUUGAAAGUACCACAGUAGAUAAUCUCAUUUUAUGUCUUAAAAGCUCCUAACUCUAUUUCUCAUUAAGAUAUAAAAAUUGUUUAAUUUUUCUACUUGUUGCAUUAUUUAAGAAGAUGCAUUUUUCUGCAGAUGCUCAUCAAAUCACUCAGCAAAUAUCAGUUCUAUACAUCAUGCACCUCCAGAGCACAAGAAACGUUUUUUAACAUGUUAGUUGGUCCAGGAUUAAAGUUCAUCAGGUUUCAAACCAAACAGGAUGUCCUUCGAGUCAAAGUGAAGUGAGAACACUUUUCAUUUACCUUCUUAGGAUGGUAUUGCUAUUUUCUAUUACUGCUCCAGGCAAUUACAUCAGUUCUCUCCUUUUUUUUGCUUUAUUUGCAUCCCAUACAUUGGAAUAACAGGAGCAUUGAUCUUGAUGAAAAAGGGGUUUUUUUUUUUCUUCCUUUCUCUCCUCCUUGUUUAGAUUGACACAAUCAACUGUUUUAAACAGUGAUGGUUUCUGAAUUUCGUAGAUAUACAUGUUAUCAAGUUGAUGCGGGAUGCAUGUCCACUGUUUUUAUACACUGGUUAUAUUUUUAUAUGUAUGCAUUUUAUUGUAGCCAAAUUAUUUCCGUACCACACCAUUCAUUUUAUGCAAUAUGAUGUACAGAACUUGGAGGGAUUUUUUUUUUUUAUUGCAUCUCUUGUGUAUGUCCUUUUUGAAAUACAGUUGAAGAAUUCAGUGGUGUUUCUUUUUUGUUUUUGCAUUUGUUCCCCUCCUUACCUCAUUUUGUAGGUAAUUUGCUUUUCAUAAUGGUGUGUUUCACUUCACUGUAGUGUUUGCUCUGAAGCUACAAUAGAUUCCUGUUCUGGUUGCCAUAUGUCAA